AUGUCUGCCGUUGUGUGCGGAAAGAGAUCAAACAUCUUUGAGGAUUCACCUUCAUCGCCGCCAGUCUCCAAAAGGAUCCGCUGUUCGUCUUCAUCCUCGUCCCCAGGCCGGAGCUUCUCGCCGCCCAGGGCUGCUGCGACCUCUUAUAACUUAUCCAAUUCUGUGCUCGAUCAUCUUGUCGCACUCUUUCCCGACAUGGAUAAGCAGUUUCUGGAGAAAGCCCUUGAGGAAGCUGGUGAUGAUUUGGAUUCUGCAAUCAAAAGGCUUAAUGGACUUCGGAUUAGUGCUGCUGCAAGUGUGUCUGAUAUUACACAAGAAAUUGGCAAUCAAUUUCGUUCUGAAGGUCAAACUCCUCAAAGAGAGGAACCACCUACAGAAAGCAAUCUCCCUGUUGAUGGAGCAGAGUGGGUUGAGCUUUUGGUCAGGGAAGUUUUAACUGCUCCAAAUGUGGAUGAUGCUAAGGCCCGCUUAUCACAAGCUCUUGAGGCAUUGGAGAAGUCCAUUUGUGCAAAUGCUACAGCAGAGGCUGCAAAAAAUUUCCAAGAGGAAAAUAUUAUGGUAAAGCAGCAACUGGAAGCACUGCUGCAUGAAAAUACUAUUUUGAAGCGAGCUGUUUCUAUCCAACAUGAGAGACAGAAGGCGGUUGAGGAAAUGGGUCAGGAGUUGCAUCAGCUAAAACAGCUGGUAUCUCAGUACCAGGAGCAGGUCCGAACACUUGAGGUGAACAACUACGCCCUUGCAAUGCACCUUAAGCAGGCCCAACAGAACAGCCAAUUCCCUGGGCGUUUUCACCCAGAUGUGUUUUAG